AUGUCUUUCGGGUGGUGCAUCAACCGACCUCGCAGUGGCGACAGCAACACAAAAUACCAUCCACGAGAACAGCAAUCUUUCGAAGAACGCGCUGAAUCCAACGCGUCAUUUGCUGGCCAGUCAAUACCUGUGCUUGACAAUCUCGAUAUUUGUCCUUGUUGCCACGAAUUCGCGCCUAUGCGCGACAAAUCGCUUCGUCACAAAAUCACACACAUGAAACAAUGUAUCAAGCGACGCGGCAUGUCCAUGCAAAGCCUAUUGCAAAAGCUCCAAUGGAUUCAGUGGGAUUAUAUGCCUGAAAGGCGCAAUAAUAACAAACCACCGCCGCCGCCGCCGCCUACUGCUAGACGAAUGCCACAAACGGUGAUUCAGGCAACUCGUUCUGCUGCCGAUUUUCGUGGAUCAAGUAGUCAUGGCAUCAACAACAGUAGCUACAUGGAUAAUGAUGAUGAUGACGAUGAUUUUGUCGACUCUGUGAUUGUUCAUCGAAAAACCAUCCAAGAACAACAAUCGAAACGUGCGCGCCGUAAUGACAACAGCGAGCAAGAUGCGAUGGAUGAAGAGUUGCAGCUUGCAUUGACACUCAGUCGAACCGAGGCGCAGCAGAACAAACGCGAUUAG